UUGUCAUUAAACUGAACCUACGUUAUAAAGCUGGCCCGAGAUCAGCGGCGUCUAGCGGCGAACCUCGAAACUUCAAACCAAUGACGAAGACUCGUUUGCUGAAACCACGUGACUUGGUCAGUUCGAUUCGUGAUCUGAACCAUUGAUUCAAAGCAAAAGAUUCAUAACCGUUUCGAAGCUUCAUGGAGAUCAUAAAUAGGCUACAUAAACGCUAGGCUUGUUUUAAACCAAAUACAUUAAUGUGUGGUUAUAUAAUGUCUGUUACAAAACUGACAGAAACAAACGCGACUGAUUGAGGGAUUUAUGGAAUAAACGGGGUCCAACAUUUCCUGGUGAUAAAGAUGGAGAAUCGUGAAAACAGUCAGACAACAGAAACACCAGAUGUGAAGACGAAAACCUGCCAGUCCUCACCUGUGCGAGAGCAGAAGAAUAAAACAGAUGUUAACCCAGCUAUGAUGACUUCCACUGCUGAGAAACCCGGAAAUGUGAAAAAGGUUCAUAAAUGGUAUCUUUGUUGGAUAACAGAUCAGAUUGAACUGAAAGAAGAUUUUAUCACUUGCCAUGAAUGUGGGAUGGAUUUCUUUGAGCAAGCAAGUCUUGAGCAUCAUAUGAGAAUUCACACAGAAGAGAAACUGUUCAUCUGCCCUCAGUGUGGAAAGAGUUUCACAGUGCAACACAGGCUUGAGGCACAUUUAAGAAUUCACACUGGAGAGAAACCAUUCAGUUGCUCAGAGUGUGGAAAGUGUUUCACGCAACAAGGUCAGAUUAAAAGUCAUAUGAGAAGUCACACUGGAGAGAAACCUUUCACUUGCCCUCAAUGUCAAACUAGUUUCACAUCGAAACAAAGCCUUAAAAGUCACAUUAGAAUUCACACUGGAGAGAAACCUUUCACUUGUUCUGAGUGUGGAAAGAGCUUCAUAACACAAGGAUACCUUAAACGUCACAAAAAAACUCACACUGGUGAGAAGCCUUUCACCUGUCCUCAAUGUGGAAAGAGUUACAAAUUGCAAGAAAGCCUUGAGAGUCACUUGAGAGUACACACCGGAGAAAAGCCGUUCGUCUGCCCUCAGUGUGGAAAGGGUUUCACAGCAAAACAGUGUCUUAAAAGUCACUUAAGCAUUCACAUUGGAGAGAAACCUUUCACCUGCUCCAUCUGUGGGAUGAGCUUCACACAACAUCAAAGUCUUAAACAUCACAUGUGCACUCACACUGGAGAGAAGCCUUUCAUUUGCCCUGAAUGUGGAAAAAGUUUCACAAUAAAACAACGCCUUGAUAUUCACAUGAGAAUUCACUCGGGAGAGAGACCCUUUUCCUGCUCUCAGUGUAGAAAGAGUUUUACAGUAAAACUUAACCUUGCGAGACAUAUGAGAGUUCACACUGGAGUGAAGCCUUUUUUCUGCACUCAGUGUGGAAAGAGAUUCACAGUGAAACAAAGCCUUGAGAGUCACAUGACCAUUCACACUGGAAAAAAACCUUUCACCUGCUCCGAGUGUGGAAAGGGUUUCACGAGUAAACCUAAGCUUAGUUAUCACAUGAGAAAUCACUCAGGAGAGAGGCCUUUUAUAUGUUCUAAGUGUGCAAAAAGUUUCACAGUGAAACAAAACCUUGAUAUUCACAUGAGAAUUCACUCUGGAGAAAAACCUUUUUCCUGCUCUCAGUGUGGAAAAAGUUUCACAGUGAAACAAAACCUUGACAUUCACAUGAGAAGUCAUACUGAUGAGAAGCCUUUCACCUGCUCUCAAUGUGGAAAGAGUUACAAAGUGCAGCAAAGCCUUGAGAGUCACAUGAGAGUUCACACUGGAGAGAACCCUUUCACCUGCUCCGAGUGUGGAAAGAGUUUCACAGUGAAACAAAGCCUUAUGAAUCACAUAAGAAUUCACACUGGAGAGAAACCUUUCACUUGCUCCGAGUGUGGAAAGAGUUUCACAGUGAAACAAAGCCUUAUGAAUCACAUGAGAAUUCACACUGGAGAGAGGCCUUUCACCUGCCCUCAGUGUCCGAAGAGCUUCACGCAACAUAAACAUCUUAAACGUCACUUAAAAACUCACACUGGAGAGAAGCUUAUUGAUAGAGUGGGGGAAAUCUCUGCUGUCACCUGUGUACAGCAUAUGGAGAGUGAUGAAAUAAGCGGCAUCGAACAUUUCCUGGUGAUAAAGAUGGAGCAGCAUGAAAACAAUCAGACCACAGAGACUCCAGAUGUGCAGACGAAAACCUGCCAGUCCUCACCUAUGCAAGACUGCAAGAACAAAAGGCAGUAUCUCAAGGAACUGAAAGAAGAUUCUGUCACAUGCCAUCAGUAUGAGAUGCAUUUCAUUCAACAAGCAAACCUUAAGCAGCACAUGAGCAUUCACACUGGAGAGAAGCCGUUCAUCUGCCCUCAGUGUGGAAAAACUUUCAUAUUUAAACAAAGCCUUGAGAGACACAUCAGAAUUCAUACUGGAGAGAAACCUUUUUCCUGCUCUGAAUGUGGGAUGAGUUUCAUAGAGAAACAAAAGCUUAAUAUUCACAUGAGAAAUCACACCGGAGAACAACCUUUCACCUGCCCUCAGUGUGGAAAGAGCUUCACAUUUAAACAAAGCCUUGAAAGACACAUGAAAAUUCACACCGGAGAGAAGCCUUUUAACUGCUCAGAGUGUGGGAUGAGUUUCAUAGAGAAACAAAAGCUUAAAAUUCACAUGAGGAUUCACACUGGAGAGAAACCUUUCAGCUGCCCUCAGUGUGGAAAGAGUUUUAGAGUAAACAGGAGCCUUAAGAGACACAUGAGCAUUCACACUGGAGAGAAACCUUUCGGAUGUACCCAGUGUGCAAAGCGUUACACAGUGAAACAACACCUUGAGAAUCACAUGAGAAUUCACACUGGAGAGAAACCUUACACUUGCUCGGAGUGUGGAAACAGUUUCAUGGAGCAACGACAACUUAUAAUCCACAUGAGGAUUCAUACUGGGGAGAAGCCUUUCACUUGUCCUCAAUGUGGAAAGAGUUUCACACAACAAGGACAGUUGAAAUGUCACAUGAGAAUUCACACUGGAGAGAAACCUUUUACUUGCAAUCAAUGUGGAAAGUGUUUCACAGUGAAAAGUACACUUGACAGUCACAUGAGAAUUCACACUGGAGAGAAGCCUUUCAGCUGCUUUCAGUGUGGAAAGAGUUUCAUUCAACAAGGGCAACUUCAAAUUCACAUGAGCGUUCAUACUGGAGACAAGCCUUUCAUCUGCCCGUAUUGUAUGAAGAGUUUCCCACUGAAGCAUGGCCUUGAGAGACACAUGAGAAUUCACACUGGAGAAAAGCCUUUCAGCUGCUCCGAGUGUGGGAUAAGCUUCAUAGAGAAACAAAAGCUCAAUAUUCAUAUGAGAAUUCACACUGGAGAGAAACCAUUCAGCUGUUCUGAGUGUGGAAAGAGUUUUACAGUGAACAGAAGCCUUAAGAGACACGUGAGAAUUCACACUGCAGAGAGACCAUUCACCUGCACCCAGUGUGGAAAGAGUUUUAUGGAACAAGGACACCUGGAAAGUCACAUGGGAAUUCACACUGGAGAAAAGGCUUUCACCUGCUCUGAGUGUGGAAAGAGUUUCACAGUGAACAGAAACCUUAGGAGACACAUGAGCAUUCACACGGAAGAGAAGCCUUUCACUUGCCCUCAGUGUGGAAAGAGCUUCACAGAACACGGACAACUUAAAAGUCACAUAACCAUUCACACUGGAGAGAAAUCUUUCACCUGCUCCGAAUGUGGAAAGAGUUUCACAGUGAAACAAGGCCUUAAGAGACACCUAAGAAUUCACAUUGGAGAGAAGAAUUUCACCUGCUCUGAGUGUGGAAAGAGGUUCAUGCAGCAAGGACACCUUCAAAACCACAUGCGAAUUCACACUGGAGAGAAGCCUUUCAUCUGCUCUGUGUGUGGAAAGUGUUUCACAAUGAACAUUACCCUCGAGAGGCACAUGAAAAUUCACACUGGAGAGAAGCCUUUCACCUGCUCUUAUUGUAUGAUGAGUUUCACAGUGAAACAAGGCCUUGAGAGACACCUAAGAAUUCACACUGGAGAGAAACCAUUCUCCUGCUCUGAGUGUGGAAAGAGCUUCAUGCAACAAGGACACCUUCAAAUUCACAAAAGAUUUCACACCGGAGAGAAGCCUUUUAUCUGCUCUGAAUGUGGAAAGAGUUUCACAGUGAAACAAAGCCUUAAAAGUCACAUGAGAAUUCACACUGGAGAGAAACCUUCCAACAGAUUGGAGGAAUCUCCUCUACCGCCACCUGUGUGCAUCAUCCAUCCAGAUAAUGUAAAGCCAGUCAUAGCGUACCAGGACACCCACCAACUAUUGGAGGAGAGUGAUUAGACAAUCUAUUUGAAUUAUUAGGAGGCCAGGACUGAUAAGAGACCAAUGGAUGUCAACAAAAACACAUUGUAAAUAGAAGCAUUUGAUACAAUGAGAGUAGACCUAAAUUAGGUGCUGUAACUAAAGCCAUCACUGCAAUCGAGUAAUUUCAGAUUUUUCCCCCUCUGUAUUUUUUUUUUUUUUUUGUAUGUUUAAUUUAUCUUCAUAUAUUUUUUACCUCAUAUAUAGCUUUCAUUUGAAUUAAUACCUUCUGUUUUUUCUGAUGCUGUAUAUAACCGUAUAGAUGUAUUUAAGAUUCAGCGAUCUGUGCAUACAGUCUAUGGUUUC